AUGGUCCUCGGAAAGGGUCCAAGGCUGCCUCUGCAGCUGGCCCAGUGCGACCAGCGAUUGAGGGCAACAGCCGCAGCUGAGGGUGCGGGAGAGUGUGGGAGUACGGUGAAAGUGACGGUCAAGAUAUCCGAGCCAGGCUGGGCUCGGAUAGCCAUAACCACUGGAUCAGCUCUGACGGGAGCCCGUGCUUUCGACAUGGCUUCGCCCGCCUCGCCCAUACUCUCCCGGGACGCCAACGAUGACAGCGGCACCCUCACCGCCGGUGCCAUCGCCGGCAUUGCUUGCGGCGCCGGUGCGCUCUUCCUGGGUGCAGCCGCCCUUUUUGUGAUUUACUGGCGGCGACAACGGCGCUAUGACCGGGAAGACAACUCCGACUCGGAAAGCUUCGACGAGGGGGGACUACGAGGCAACAUGGCCCCCGCCGUCACUUACACCCUGGACUACAAGAUGGACAACCCGCAACACCACGAGGGCGAACAGGCCUCAUCCUACACUUACUCGCCAGAGAAGGCAUCCUACUCCUUCUCGCCCAUGAGCGCCCCGGACGCCGCCAGCGCCAUGCCCACCCACCCAGCUUACAUCCCGCGGGCCCUCGUCAGGGGCUCCUCAACCCCCAGCAACCGCUCCAUCGCUACCGCCUCACCACCACCCUUCCCAAGCCCGCCAUUCCCAUCCGGCGGCUCCCACCCCAAAACGCAACCACCCGACGCCAUGAUCCAAGCCUACCUCGGGGCGGCCACCGCCCGGACAACCUCCACCACCACCACCUCCCAGGACAGCCACACCUACAGCAACACCAACACCAACCCCAACCACCGGCACCACGAAUCCGACUCCUCCUUCGGCCUUCCCAUCCAGUCCGCCCCCCUCAGCAACCAAAGCCAAAGCCAAAGCCGCCAAAACUCCCAACCCAGCCUCACCCUCCCCUCCCUCACCUCCCCCCCGCACUCCGCCUCCUCCACCGACGCCAGCCAACACCCCCUCCACCCCCACCAGCAACCCGCACCCCAACCACAAACCACGCGCAAACCCCGCGCCUACCUGCCCCCGCGCCUCAACCUCGCCGACACCACCGCCCAGAUGAAGCGCAGCAAGACGGAUAAGCCCCUCUCCGGCAAGGAAGCCACCACCAUCUCGGGCCCGCUCGCCUUCCCCCACCUCGUACACCCGCCCCCCGUGGCAGCGGCGGCGGCGCCGCCCCAGUCGCAAUCACGCUCGCGGUGGGGGCGGAGCAACAACGACCAUGAUGCGGAUGAUUUGUGGGGUGGGGAGGAUGGGUAUGGGGAUGAGAGUGGUGGUGGUGGUGGUGGUGGUGAGAGCAGGCGGACGUUUCGGAGUCGGGCGCUGUCGGGGAAUGCGCAUGAUGGUGGUAGUGGGCAGGGGAGUGGGAGUGGUGGUGGUGGGAAGGAGAAGGAGAAGGGGAAGAAGCAUGGGCGGAAACGGUCGGAUCGGAAUAGCGGGGGUGGGUAUGGGGGGAAUCGGCAUUACGCCGAGAUUGAGAUCGGGCGGGGGAGCGAUAUCUGGUGA